AUGGCCACUCGAAAUCAUGGCCCUACCCCGGCCUCCUCCCUCGCCACGCCCCUCCUUUCCGACUCCAUCACGCCCACCACGCCCACCCGCGCCGCCAACGGCCACGCGCGGGGCCACGACGGCGACGACGACCUCUGCGCCGCCGCCUCGGUGUGCGACGGCGGAGGCGGCGGCGACCCGUUCGCGUUCCUCUCGGAGGACAGCCGCCCGCCGCGGCCGCCGGGCCCGUCCCCCGCCGACCCGUUCCGCAACAGGACGCCGUGGCUGGGCGGCCCUUACGGGUGGGCCAGGACGCUGCUGCUCGCGCCGGUCGCGACGGCGCGGCUCGUGCUCUUCGGGCUGGCCAUCGCGAUCGGGUACGCCGCCACGUGGGUGGCGCUGCGCGGCUGGACCGACUCGCGGGAGCGCCCGCGGGAGGGCGCCGGCCCCAUGCCGGCCUGGCGCCGCCGGCUCAUGUGGGUCACCCGGCUCUCUGCGCGCUGCAUCCUCUUCUCCUUCGGGUAUCACUGGAUCACACGAAAAGGAAGGCCUGCGCCUAGAGAGCUUGCACCUAUAGUUGUUUCCAAUCAUGUAUCAUACAUAGAUCCCAUAUACUUCUUCUAUGAAUUGUUCCCAACCAUUGUUUCAUCGGAUUCCCAUGAUGCCAUACCAUUUGUUGGAACAAUCAUAAGAGCAAUGCAGGUUAUAUACGUUGAUAGAUUCUCGCCGGCUUCAAGGAAGUCAGCUGUGAAUGAAAUAAAGAGAAAGGCAGGUGGCAAUAGCUUUCCGCGUGUCCUGUUGUUCCCUGAAGGCACUACAACCAAUGGGAGAUUUCUGAUUUCAUUCCAACAUGGAGCAUUCAUACCUGGCUACCCUGUUCAACCGGUUGUUGUUCGUUACCCCCAUGUGCACUUUGACCAGUCCUGGGGAAACAUAUCACUAAUAGCACUCAUGUUCAAGAUGUUCACCCAGUUUCACAACUUCAUGGAGGUAGAGUACCUCCCUAUUGUCUACCCCCCUGAGAUCAAGCAGGAGAAUGCCCUUCAUUUUGCAGAGAAUACCAGCUAUGCUAUGGCACACGCCCUUAAUGUUUUACCGACUUCUUAUUCAUAUGCUGAUUCAAUGAUUGCGUCAAGAGCAGAAGAAGCUGGAAAGGCCAACUGCUCAAGUUAUAUGGUGGAAAUGGCUUGGGUAAAAGAAGUGUAUGGUGUAAGCACCGCAGAAGCAAUGGAACUCUUGGAGCACUUUUUGGCUAUGAAUCCAGACAGCGAUGGACGUGUUAAAGCACAAGAUUUUUGGGCUCCUUUUGGCCUAGAUUGCAGUCCUCUAUGCAAGAAGAUAUUUCACUACUUCGAUUUUGAAAAUAAGGAAUCCAUCACAUUCCGACAGUUCCUGGUCGGGUGUGCGCACCUAAGGAAGCAGCCGUUGUUUGAGGGAGUGUGCGAAACCGCCUUCGAGAAAUGCAAGGCCCCUGGGACCUCUGACAUAUCCCUUGCACAGCUAGCCGACGCCCUGCGAUCGGGCAUGCUUCCUCCAGCAGACGACAGGAUGCUGAAGCUGUUUGAGACGUUUGACAUUGACGACGACGACAAAAUCAGCAAGGAUGACUUCGUGGCAUGCCUUGCGAGGUUCCCUUUCAUGAUCGCCCUCUUCGCCGGCCGGAUCAACGGGGAAGUUUACAUCGAGAUAGUUUGAUGGUUGAUUGAGUUGUAACCCCUCAGUUUAUUGGUUGAUGGAGUUGUUACCCCUCCUCCUAUUUAGGGGGGUGAUUGCGCCACUCCACUGUCCGUUUAGUCGAGACAGAUCAAAGUCCAGCUUAUACCUCCGCCGCUUUGCGCAUCUCAAACUGGCUAACCAGCACAGCGCGGCAAUUUUGUUUCAUUUGUUCUUGGAGGGUGUGUGUGUGUAGAUAGGAAUGUUGUGACACAAUGGGUUCUGCAUAUGGUAUGGCGUCGGUUGAACUGGAUGUGCACAUAGAAAAGCACCCGUAACAAGUUUUUGAGAAGAGAA